CUUGUAUAUUCCUCCUUGGAUUUUCCUGUGAGUCUUUCCGAGGAAGCGGUUAUUGGGCGUUCCGGGGGUGUUAAAAGAAUUUGACGUUUGUUAGUUGCAUUUGGUGCUUGUUUCGGUGAGUUCUUUCUCAUUGUAGCUCGCGAUGGCGGACACGGCUACAGAGGGAGUUGAGAAGCUGCAUAUUGACGAGCACGAGGAUGAGAUUGAGUCCAAGUACAAACCACCCCCUGAGAAGACUAUCGAUGAAAUUCUGGAAGCCGACAAGGAAGACGAGAGUCUAAAGAAAUACAAAGAAAAAUUGCUUGGGGAUGCCAAGACUGGAAACAUAAUUGUUGAGCCGGAAGACCCCCGCAAAGUGAUAGUGAAGAAACUGGUGCUAUGCGUGACAGAUAGACCGGAUGUUGAGCUGGAUCUUACUGGUGAUAUUUCACAGUUGAAGAAGCAGGUUUUCACCAUCAAGGAAGGUGUCUCAUACAGGAUCAGAAUUGAAUUUAUAGUCCAGAGAGAAAUUGUUCAUGGCUUGAAGUACAUCCAGAAAACGUACCGAAUGGGUGUACCAGUGGACAAGAUGGCCCACAUGGUGGGCAGCUACCCCCCAAAGGUGGAGAUGCAGUCGUACACGACCCCGCCGGAGGAUGCCCCGUCCGGCAUGAUGGCCCGCGGCAGCUACACGGUGCACUCGCUGUUCACGGACGACGACAAGCACGAGCACCUCAAGUGGGAGUGGUGCUUCGACAUCAAGAAGGACUGGAAGGACUGAGCCCCUCGUCGCUCAGGUGCUUGCAGAUCCCCCCCUUAGCGGCGGAGCUGGGGACGCCCCCCCAGCGUCUGGUUCCCGUUCGUACCCGAGCGUCGACGUUUCGGAAUUAGCUUGCUUACCUCUACCGUGGGUCGUCGCUGUUCGUCGACAGCACGAUCAUCGGCUCAGGACACUUCUGUCUAAUAAGUAUUUGGUCAAUCAGAAUGAAAUCUUUGUACAUAAAUAUUUAAGAAAAAUAUUGUUAGUAUUUCUGUUUCAGCUCUUAUAAUGUAUGGAGAAAAAAAUUGUGUGAUUUUCCAUUUGCUUGCUGUACUUAAUAUUAAAGAAAAGUAAAGGUACAGAGAAUGUUUGAAGUGGCGAUGGAUGACCCAUUUUUUAAACAAAUGUGUGAUAUUUAUUAUAUUAAAAUUUUUUUUUUGUUUGUUCAAUUAUAUUACUGGCUUUUUCUGUGUAUGGCUUGAUUUCGUAACACAUUUUGAGUGAUUUACUAAAGGUUAGUGUGGUAAAUGAAGAGGAAUUUUCAAGGCUGCAAAAUUGCUUAGCAUGAUUUUUAAUGUUUGCGGCAGUAUGUCAUUUACAGUGCUAUGUCUGCCCUUCAGGUCUUUGUUUAUUCUGUGAAUGGAGUGAUUCAGUAGAUUCACUUUGAUUGUGUUCUUUUGGUAGUUGUGCUUGGAAUUUGUUGAGAAUAUUGCAUAUAUUUUUCUUAAACAGAUGUUUAUUGGCAUUAUGUUUUGAAACUGUUUGUAAUAAUAACUGGUUACCAUUCAGACAUCUCUGUUCUGUCAUUUUUCAUAUUUUCGAAUUUGAACUAUCUGCAUUAAAAUAUUUUUUGUGAGGUUUGCAAGCUAAUAAGAGCAUAACUAUUUUUCUUUCCUAAUUCUGGUAGAGAGUUAAUUGAUAAGUAUUUUGUGCACAUUUAUUAUGGACUCAGUAAAUUGUCUUUCAUUCAUGUACUUACAAAGUAAAGGCAUAAUAUUUUCAUGAACUGGUAGUUAGAACAAGUUAUUGUGGGAAUAGGAAAACAAAAUUAAGAAGUUUGCACUAACAUAGAAAUUAUAGUUAUUAAAUUUUAUAUGAGAAAAAGAAAGGAUUAGUUUUUCUAUUUUUUUGUCUUGAUAGAAAAUUAAUCAGCGUUGACCAAAGCAUUUUUUUUUUAAAUUUGUUGAAAUAAAUAAAAUGUGUGAAACUAUAUUUUGGACUGUGCAUUUGUAGUAGUCUUGGAUCAAGUGUCUUACUAAACACAUACCUCUUUGUACGAGUUCUGAGGUGCUGUGUCAAUAUGUUUUUAUAAUUAGUGUGAUUCUUGCAUUUGAAGAUGAUUAACUUUUGUUAACCUAAGACUCUUUAUAUAUAUAUAAUUACUGUAUGUGGAUGAGUUCCUGGAAUGAAAUUCUUGCAAUACCUAUGCAUGUAUUAUGUUUUUGUGCAAGAUAAUAUUGAAGCUUUAUGUGAUCGCAACAUUAAACUUUUGAGUCUUUGUUGCUUUCUAACCCAAGUGCAAUUUGAUGUAGUGAACUUUUUGUACAAGAAACAUAUAUGUAGAAGUAAACACCUGUAGAGUUUAUGUGAAAUUGUAGUGUAUUCGUAGGUGUUGGGGUCUUUACACUAUACACAAAUAAAAUGCUCCACUGUUAUUUUCGUACACUGCCUAAAAUUUUCUUGGAUAUAACUUUGGAUUGACUACAGUUUGUAUUUGUUCCAUUAGGGUCCAUUUGGCAUUUGGAUGAAAAUCAUACGCACACAAAUAUGUGUGUAUAUGUGUGUGCUUAAGUGUUCAUAACUGAUUUCAGGGUUGAUUAAAUCUUCCACAAGAACUUUAUAGCAUUUUAUAACAUUAGUAGAUCAGCAUGGUAGGUUACAAGCUUAGUUUUUGAUUAGCAGGUUUCAGAAGAGUCAACUUAGCUUUCAGUAUUUCACCCAUGUGCCAUCUUAACAUGGAGGAAACUACAUAUAUCAGUAUAUGUGCAACAUUCGUUUAUAAUGAUUACAGUAUAACUUAGCUAAUAUAAUUCAGGAUUUGCUGCUGAUCUAAUAAAGAUGUAAAUAUAUGUAUACUUUUUACUAAUAUCACUUCUUAGAACUAAAGUUUUAUUUAUUUAAGUAAAGUGGUAGUUUUUACAUGUAGUACUCUGGAAGUUAAAAGUUUAAGGUUGAAAUUAUCUAGUAGCAAGAAGUAAAAAAAAUUGGCUCAGAAAUAGUUUAAUACUAUCAUAUGUUACUUCUGGAUGGAAGGAGCAAUAAAGAUUGAGGGCCCCCUUGGUUCUGUGGCAGCAUCCAAAAUUCCUUGUCUCCCUCUUGGAAUUACUCCUGGCUUUUCAGGUGCAGGGCAGUACCCAGGGCAGUUCAUUCUGAAGAUUGCACCUCAUCAGGACUGUUUCUGCUCUAUGUAACAAGCUGCUCAGUUCAUCACAGUAGAUCCACUUAAGACAUGAUCUGGUCUUUAAUCUGAAGUCCUAUUGCAAAAGCCAAACGCCUUGGCGGCUAACAUGUUGCCUGCUCAUUGGUCCUUGGAAUGACAAGUGUCAUUAUAGCUUAAAUUUUGUGAUGGCCUGGUUGUAUGUGGACUGCCACUACGGAAAUUUUGAAUGUAAGCCGCCUUAAAAAUCCCUUGCAGCGACACGUGCCCCAUGCUUUGGUCUUUCAUCUGCCGUGUUGAUUGGUGGCACGUACUGUAGUUUUAAAUACCAUUAUAUAUUGCUUGCACCACAAAAGAAUCGACUCAUUAGUGGUGUUGAUGUAAAUUGUACGACUUAUUAGUGCAAACCAAUUUGAUUCUUCACACGUGUGAAACAUCAUUGGGGAAUAUGCUGAGAUGGUAACCGAAGUAUGAAAAGUAUCACUAUCUUUUCGCAUAUUGUCUGGGAAUAUUGGUAACACCCUUUUCUCAUGUUCGAUGCUUGGCACUUAUUGGUAUAGUCUCAUCCAGUGCAAUGUUGUUUUGGUGUCAUAAAGCAGCUGCUCAUAAUUUUACAUUUUAGCUAUCCAUGCUUUCCAUUUUGUGGACCUUUUAAAUUUUCCUUGUGUUUAGACUUGAUCAUGCCCUUUCCAAUAUUGUGGUACCAAGUACGUUUGAUAUUUGUUUGCAGUUUUCUCUAGUACGAGGUAUGUUUAGCCUGGGUACCAUUCAUUAAACAGUAUAAAAUAUCAUACAUUAUUGGGCGUUUGAAAUGAGCUGGUCUAUUGCACAUUAUUUGAAUUUUUUAUGAAAAUAUUAUGCUGUGUACAACUAUUGUGUCGAAUGUUGAUUUUAAUGCAUGCUGAAUACAAUACACUUGUUCAAUGGAUUUAAUGUUCACUGUGAUUCUGUACUCAUACGUAUGUGAAGACGACAAUGUAGUCAAGUUGAAAGUUAGUAUUACAUAAUAACUGGUAAUGUAAUACCAAGCCAAUACGUAAUAAAGUUUAAAGCAAUUAAUGCUGUGUGUUCCAGGACUGCAUGUGUACCUAUUAACACUGGGUUCUAUUACUGUAGCAAUUUUUAAAUUUUUCUCUUUCAAGAACUGGUUUGAUUCUGCUAAGAAUUAUAUGUAACCAGGGCUAGAUUUUAAGGAAUAUUUUAACCUGCCCAACGGACAGGUGUAAUCGAAAAUUUGCCUGUCCGCCAUCCAAUUUGCCUGUCCGCUGUUUUACCCAAAUAAAAAAAUUUUCAAAGUCGCUGAAAAAGUGAGAAAAAAGGAUUUUUGCUAUAUUUUGCACCUAUUUUUAUCACACACUUAACAUCCUUAUUUAAUCAUCAUUUUCAGACGAGUCACUGCACAAAUUACUUGGCUGAUUCUGUCUUGAACAUCUUCGAUAAGGAGGCUGAAAGGGUCGACGUUUUCUCUGAACAUUAUGAUACCAGAGAUUUAUUGCUGGUGCUGGAUCAAACUCACUUUCAGCCAUUAUUGUUUAUUUAUAGAUAUUGUCAAAGACGUUUUAUUUGCGGUCGCGGUCGCAUAAAUGUUAUUAAUCACCUCUGCUGCAUUAGUGCGUGCGAAUAACCUCGGCGUCACAAGUUGCACCUGUCCACCGGACAGUUGCCUUUUUUAUUUUGCCUGCCCGGACGAGAUUUUGCCUGUCCCGGGCAGGCGGACAGGUGCUAAAAUCGAGCCCUGUAUGUAACUAUGUAUAUUUUGUAAAUCUGUCAUUUACAAAUGUUUGCCAGUAAAGCUUGCAAAGAAGCUUGUUGAAGGUACAUUAAAGUUGUGUAAGGUGUUCUCUUCAGAUCACAAUUUUUUAAUUUUUAUAGAAGCUUUGAGAUACUUAUUUUGUAUUAUUGUACACUACAUUAAAUUUAUUUGAAUUUUUUUUUGCAGUAUCUGUAUUGUGCAAAGUUGGUAUUUGUAUGCAAAAGUAUUUUAUAAGCAAAUUUAUAAAGUCUGCUGCUAAAAUAUGUAGCAAUAAACACUAAAAAAGUAUUGUUUUGCAAUUACGGUAAGUAAACCCUGUUUAAAACUAUUUGCUGGCGAGAAAUUUUUCUGCUUAGUAUUGUAAAUGCUUCCGCAACUUAUUCCCUCAAUAUAUUUUUGUGUUAAUUUACACAAAUAUUUUUGGUUCGUGCUAUUGUUCAAAAUGUCAAUUCAUGUAACUAUGUACAUCCAAUUCCUAAACCUUAAUGUUUGUCAUUGUAAUUAUUUGCUUUGUUUUUAAAUAAGUAAAAUGGUAAUGGGUAAUAAGGAAUUGCCAUGCUUAAAAUUAUUGUGUGUUGUCAGUUACACUGUUGAAUAAAUUUUCUUUCAUUAAUGCACAAAUAAUUUUGUAGGUUUUCCAGAUUGGCAGGGUGAUCACUGCUAUUGUGCAUAAUGGUUAACUAUUUUAGGUAUGAAUUUUUGCAAUAUACCAAGGAGAACUAAGAAAAAUAAUAAAUUUAAGCUCAAAACAAUAUUUUAAUAUGUAGUUGAAAACGUGUGUUAAUGGCAUUCAUGUACAGGUGAUGGUCAUAGAGUGCUAGCUUUAAAGUGUACGAGAGUUAAAAUCUAGUGCUAUUUUAUUAAAAACAACUCUAAAUACUUCAAGUGAUCCUAUACUGAAAUAUAAAUUAGUUCACCAUAAAAGGUUUUAUUUAAAUAAUAAUUACUUGAUCCAAGUAAUACAGCAUUUUAUACAAAAUCUAUCAAUUGGAAUGUAGCCAUAAUCAUUAGCAAUACGUAGGUAUUUACUGUGUUUUAUCGCAUAAUUGUCACACCGUUAUUUUAUGGCUUAAAAAUUUGGAGAAAAAAAUUAUUGUAAAAACAUUGCAUGAUGUUUUCGGUCCCGCUGUUAGAUUCAGAGUGCUUUGUGUAGGUAGUUUUCCCUUGUAAAACUUAGUAUUUUAAAGUUGUAAUUUAAUAUUCAUUCGGACAUUACCGCUUACUUAAACAGAAAUACGGAGUUGUCUGAUGUGUAAAUUUUCUUUCAAUGAUGUUUUCAAACGUUACAAUAUUUUUCAGUACAAUUUCAUCGGCGCUGUCUACCACUUAUACAUAAUGAGCCAGCGCUAGUUGGCAUCAUUCAUGUUUGGUCAUGUUGAUUCGUGCAAGUAGUCAAAUAUUGAAAUAUAGCUCGCCGAUUGCAUGCAAUGCUCGCGCUCCAUCUAGUGCUGAGUUGACUACAUUUGAUAGCCCGCACUCUUUCUUGAUAAGCACGUACGACGAUGUUAGUUCCAGCUUGCAUGUUUCGUUUUCCUAUUUGAAGUUGAAAAUUGUUUUUGGUGCAUGACUUAUUAAUAUAAAUGUUUAGCGAGCUUUUGUAUACUCUUAAUUUUCAAAUAAUUUUCCAAGAAUAGGUUUUAUUUUAUGAAUAACUUUACAUAACAAAAAUGCCUUUUUUUUCUCAUAAAAUGUUUACGAUUAUGCGAUAAAACAUGGUACAUUUAGGGGGAGAAUAUAUAGCGGGUAAUGUGACAGAAGAACUUGGGCAGAGUUCGAGAAAUAUGAAUAUCCCAUGAAUAGAUCAAUUCUGCAUUGCAUUUUAGCAUUUUUGUCCUAAUUAAUGCACAGUAAGGAAAAGUAGCAAUAAAAAAAAACAUCCAUUAAGAAAAGAUUCAUGAAUGAGGGACAAAUGAGCUGGGUUUGAAAAACUUUUCAGGUGAGGUUUUUCUGAACUAGCUUUCUUGAAAAUAUGAUAAGACAGAGUAUAGUUUAUUCUUUCAUCAAUCUGCACAAAGUGUUAAAUGUUAUGGUAAUGAAGACAGGUCUCUUAAAGCCAAACAAUUGUGUCCAUUUCACAUGCGUAGGAGUUCACGCCAUUAUUUCUGUGCAACUCCAUCUCUGUUUUGCUCAAGACACUACAGAUGUACUGUGGUCCUCUACAUUUUUUUCUCCAUGAAUUGAAAGUUGUUAUAUUUGCCAUUGUACUUGUCAAAAUCACAAGAAAUAGACUAUGUGGGUGUGCACACUUGGAUACAGUUCAUGUUUUCAACUGUAAAAAUAGAUCUUUUUAAUUUUUAGAUAAGACAUGCAUGUGAAAGAGUGGUGAUGAUAAAUCUGGCAUUUAUUUGUAUAGUUGUGAAUGUAUAAUAAAUGAUGAAUUCAAAA